UUAUAUUUAUUUAAUUUCGUCACACUCUUUUAUUUCUUUCAUUUUUACUCUCCCUUUCCUCAUCACUCUUCUUUUCUCCGAUUGAAAAAAACUUCCGGAGAAAUUUCUCUUUGUUGCUGCUUUUGCUGCAGUUACAGUAAAGAAUCUGCUGUGUAAGGAAGUUUUUUGUUGGGGGAGUGAGUUUCUUAUGACGGGGAAGCGAUCUAAGACUAAUUGCAGAUCUUCUUCUCACAAGCUGUUCAAGGAUAAGGCAAAGAAUCGUGUUGAUGAUUUGCAAGGGAUGAUUUUAGAUCUUCAAUUCGCAAGGAAAGAGAGCAGGACCACUGAUGUGACACUGCUUGAGGAGCAAGUGAAUCAGAUGCUCCGCGAGUGGAAAUCAGAGCUCAACGAGCCAUCUCCUGCAUCAUCCUUGCAACAACAGGGUGGUACUCUUGGGUCUUUCUCAUCAGACAUUUGUCGGCUGCUGCAGCUCUGUGAUGAAGAAGAUGAUGCAACCAGCAAGUUAGCUCCGCCCAAGCCCGAGCCUGCUGAUCAGAAUCUCGAAGCUGGAAAAAAUGCUGUCUUCCAAAGGGGAUACAAUUUGGUUCAGGGAAAGCCAGAACAUGUAUUUCCAUUGGCUGAUCAUUGCAAAGAUCCGUCCUUAGUAGCUGGAAACAACUUCAAUGGAACCGCUCAUUUGGAAUACAAUCAGUAUGACCUGCAACAGGAGUUUGAACCAAACUUCAGUGGUGGUUUCAACGAUUGUCCCAGUUAUGCUGUAGAGGGUCCUUUACAUAUCUCUACUUUCAUCCCAACUAUCUGUCCUCCACCCUCUGCGUUCUUGGGUCCAAAAUGUGCUCUUUGGGACUGCCCUAGGCCUGCUCAAGGUUUCGAUUGGUUCCAGGAUUACUGCAGUAGCUUCCAUGCUGCACUGGCUUUCAAUGAAGGCCCGCCAGGUAUGAAUCCCGUGGUGCGUCCUGGAGGUAUUGGCCUAAAAGACGGUUUGCUUUUUGCUGCUCUUAGCGCAAAGGCUGGAGGGAAAGAUGUCGGUAUUCCCGAAUGUGAAGGAGCUGCAACUGCUAAAUCACCAUGGAAUGCCCCAGAGCUCUUUGAUCUCACGGUUCUAGAGAGUGAGACACUAAGGGAGUGGCUAUUCUUUGAUAAGCCAAGGAGGGCCUUUGAGAGCGGGAACAGAAAGCAAAGAUCUUUACCAGAUUACAACGGUCGUGGUUGGCACGAGUCUCGUAAACAGAUCAUGAACGAGUUUGGAGGGCUGAAGAGAUCUUACUACAUGGAUCCGCAGCCUCUGCACCAUUUCGAGUGGCAUCUUUAUGAGUACGAGAUCAAUAAGUGCGAUGCUUGUGCCUUGUACAGGCUCGAGCUCAAGCUCGUUGAUGGAAAGAAGAACUCAAAAGGCAAAGUAUCAACCGAGUCCGUGGCUGAUCUGCAGAAACAGAUGGGAAGACUCACAGCUGAGUUCCCUCCAGAAAACAACACCAAUCAUAACAACAACAACAAACGCUGCAUCAAAGGAAGACCAAAAGUGAACUCAAAAGCUGCUACAGGGAACGUUCAGAACACAGUAGAGCAGGCCAAUGACUAUGGAGUAGGUGAAGAGUUUAACUAUCUUGUCGGAAAUCUAACCGACUAUUAUAUCCCCUGAGAAGAAAACUAAAAGAACCUCAGGUUUGAGAAGCUGUUGCUUACCAUUUAAUCUGGCAGCAGCAGAAGAAGAAGCUUCUACAUCUCGUAGGGCAAGUAAUGGAUUUUCAUGACUCGUAUAUUUCUUUUUUUUUUUAAUUAUUAUAAUUCUCACUAUCCAGAGAGAUUAUGUAUAUAUAACAAGAAGGGGAUGCAGAAGACUGUCCUGGAGUUUGAGAGCUUUGUUCUAACCCCGAAGGCAGGAAAAGUAAAGUUGAGAAGGAGACUGCUUUUUAAGAUUCAGUCUAUGAAGGUGAAGACGGUAUAUUUACUGACAUUCCGGUUUAUGUAUUUUGAUGCAUUUUCGACUCUCUGUUCUGCGAUAAAAUGCAGAUGACGAAUUAUGUAACCGAUGGGCAAUACGGUUUGAUUAUCUUUAUCGUUCUUAUACAAUCAAGAUCCUCUGUUGAA